AUGUUUGCCAUCAUUUUAAAUGUGAUCCUUUGGGUCCCCCAUGUCCAUGCGGUGUGGGCGUGCGUGCGAUCCUGCCCUGCCAACUGCGUGUGCACCCAGGAGCGGAGCUGCUCCGUCCUCUGCGAUCGUGCCGGUCUGGGGCAGAUCCCUAGUGACUUCCCUUGUGAAGCCUCCUCUAUCAACCUGGACAAAAACAGCAUCAAGUUCCUCUCCGAGAGGGCCUUCGGGACCUUGCCUUCCCUCAAAUCCCUGUCGCUCAACCACAACAAUAUCUCCUUCAUCACCCCGGGGGCUUUCAAGGGGCUGCCCAGCUUGACCGAGCUGAAGAUGGCCCACAACGAGUACAUUCGCUAUCUCCACACGCGGACUUUCACUGCCCUCAGACGGCUGGUGAGGCUGGACCUGGCGGACUGCAACCUUUUCAACAUCCCGGACAGGAUCUUCAUUGAGUUGCCGGCUCUGCAGGAGCUCUUCUGCUUCCAGAACAACUUUCGGAGGAUCCCAGGUGCCAUCAGGGGCAUGGAGAACCUCACCCAUGUUUACCUGGAGAGAAACAGGAUCGAAGCGGUAGCCUAUAACUCCCUGCAGGGCCUGACCAAGCUGAAAUACCUGAAUCUGCAGGACAACAGGAUAAACGUCAUUCACGAGGGAGCUUUUCAGGGCUGCCGGAAGAUGGAGUACCUCUACCUGAACGACAAUUUGAUCAGCGAGCUGCCAGAAAACUCCUUCGACGGCCUGCGGUGCCUGAAGAUGCUCAACCUGGGGGGUAAUUUUCUCAGGAACAUUUCCAACACCUGGUUCAGGGACCUGGGGGAGCUGGAGGUCCUCUACCUGGACCGCAACAGGAUCAACUACAUUGAGGAAGGGGCUUUUGAAAACCUCACCAGCCUGGUCGCCUUGCACUUGAACAGCAACAACCUGACGACCCUGCCCUUUUCUGUCUUCCAGCCGGUCUACUUCCUUGGGCGGCUGUACCUCUUCCGCAAUCCCUGGGAGUGCGACUGCCGCAUCGAGUGGCUGAAGGAGUGGAUGGAGAAUUACAGGCUCGUCAGGGAUAUUCCCUGUGCCUCCCCCUCCUCAGUAGCUGGCAUUGACCUGAUGGACGUGCUCUACGAGAGAUCGCCAGAAGGUUACUGUCUCGACCCGGUGGAGCUAAACAUUACAUCCGAAGGGCCGACCCCAAGUGAAGAGCCUUGGUCUACCACAGAGAGCAAGUUCAACAGCCUUAUCUCCAAACUCUUGCUCCAGAUGGGCCUUCCCGAAGAGGUGGCAAACGCCACCGAAGCCUAUGGUAACAGCACCCAGCUGGAUGGACUGACCGAUGGGGUUUCUUCUGGGGUGGGGGAAGACAGUAUCGAGGCCAUCUCCUUCUCUUUUUACCUCCCAGCACUUUUUACAGUGAUUGUUUUGCGGUGCAAAUAG